AUGGCAGGGAGCUCUAAUGUGCCCCACAAGACCUCGCUGCCCGAGGGCAUCCGAGUCGGCACGGUGAUGAGGAUUCGUGGUGUCGUCCCGGACAAGGCGGUGGUCGGCGACUCGGAGUACCACCACUUCCGCUACCGGAUCCCGCCGGCGCGCGUGCGCCUCUUGGAGGUGGGCGGGGACCUGCAGCUGGAUUCCGUGAAGAUCUUCUGA